CCCUCGCGCUCAGCCGCCCAGGCCUAACGAAGCGAGCACCGAUCCCACCGAUGCCGGCAGCGGGCGACUCGAGGAGCUCGGCGCUCCCCGCCAUUUUGGGCGCUUGAGGGGGGGGAGGGAUGCGGAGUGGCGGCAGCGGCCGGAGCCCCAUUAGCCGGCCUGCUGCUUUGCCUUGCCUUGCCGCCUCCUCCACCCCCAUCUGGGCCCGGGCAAUCCAUCUCUCCAGACUCAGCAGAAAGACCAGCUAUUUGAAAUUCAUCAUCAUCAUCAUCAUCAUCCAAAGGUUCAGCUACCUCACGGCUCACGUCCUGUAAAUACAUUUCGAAGGAGAUUUGGUUUCCAAGCUAAGAAAAUACUUUUAUCGCCACCGAAUGAAGCAGACUAAGAAUCAUGGACCUAAAAUUCAAUUCCUCCCGGAAGUAUGUUUCUAUCAGCGUUCCUUCAAAAUCCCAAGCUAUGUCUCCACACAUCAAAUCAGUCGAUGAUGUAGUCGUCCUUGGCAUUAAUCUCAGCAAAUUCAACAAGGCUACCCAGUUUUUCAUUUGCGUUUCCGGAGUCUUUUUAUUUUAUCUUAUUUAUGGUUACCUGCAAGAACUAAUUUUUUCAGUAGAGGGUUUUAAGCCCUUUGGAUGGUACCUUACAUUAGUGCAAUUUGGAUUUUAUUCCAUUUUUGGUCUCAUAGAACUACAGCUUAUCCAGGACAAAAGAAGGCGAAUUCCAGGCAAAACCUACAUGAUAAUAGCUUUUCUAACAGUGGGAACAAUGGGCUUAUCAAAUACCUCCCUAGGAUAUCUGAAUUAUCCUACUCAAGUAAUCUUCAAAUGUUGUAAAUUGAUCCCUGUUAUGAUAGGAGGCGUUUUUAUACAAGCUAAACGUUAUAAUAUUGCAGAUGUUUCUGCCGCAGUAUGUAUGAGCCUGGGCUUAAUAUGGUUUACUCUAGCUGAUAGCACUGUUGCACCAAAUUUCAACUUUACAGGAGUGGUCCUUAUAUCCCUUGCCCUCUGUGCCGAUGCUGUUAUAGGAAAUGUCCAAGAAAAGGCUAUGAAGUUGCACAAUGGUUCAAAUUCUGAAAUGGUUUUGUAUUCCUAUUCAAUAGGUUUUCUGUACAUUUUAUUGGGACUGACAUGCACUAACGGCUUAACUCCUGCAGUAACAUUUUGUUCAAAGCAUCCAGUUCAAACAUAUGGUUACGCCUUCUUGUUCUCCUUGACUGGCUAUUUUGGAAUCUCUUUUGUAUUGGCUUUGAUUAAAAUCUUCGGGGCUCUUUUAGCUGUAACAGUAACAACAGGAAGAAAAGCAAUGACAAUUGUACUCUCAUUUCUGUUUUUCUCAAAGCCAUUCACAUUCCAGUAUGUGUGGUCCGGCUUAUUAGUUGUCCUUGGUAUAUUUCUUAAUGUUUACAGCAAAAAUAUGGAUAAAAUCAAAUUGCCUUCACUGCGCAGGCUCUGGAAUAAAUCUGCUGAAGAAAGAAAGACAAGGACGUUGUCUCAAACCGUGUAGACAAUGGCUUGUGCCGUGUAUUACACAAGACUGUUUCUUUUUGUUAUUUUAUUGCAAUAUUCUCCAGCUGAAUCAUUUUCCAAAGGGAAUGAAACUGCAACCAAAGGAGUUGAGGGCAUUUAUCUGCUUGUGGAUGGCGUCUGUGAAUAUAUCUGUGAUAGCCUUUCCUUGGACUGUUUGGGUGUCCUAAGAGGUGCUUAACAUGAAUACAGUACUGCUGUUUGACCCUGGGCUCCUAGGGAUGUUCAUUCUUGGGAGGGCUGUUGAAAUCCUCACUCCAACAGAGGCAUUUGGGAGAGGGCUCGUGUGUGAUUUAAUGUGGGCAUUUUAAUUGAAUCAAAGAUGCUGCUCCUGCUGUUGAAAUCAGUAGAUCUUUGUGUUUGAUGGUUGGGAUCAGUUUAUUUAAAUGUUAUAUGCUGAAACCUAAUAGAAACUAAUCAAAACCUAAUUGAGGAAACAGUUUAAACCUGCAAGGUUGAGAUCAUUACACCAUAACUCUUUUUUAAAAUAAAAAUAACAUAUAUCAAGUUUUUAAAAGUCUUCUUCACAUUAUAUUAGCACUGAAGUUUUCUUUUGGCUAAAAAGAAGUACUAUUAUCUAAAAGUCAAGGGCUUUGAUAUCAGUUGUAAAGAAGGAGUCUUCUGUCUAUGCAUUUUAUUUCCCACAAUUUACUGAAUUUUAAAGAAUUAUCUUUCACAUAUUGAUUCAUUGUCCCUUAAAAGUUGUUCUCAAGUAUCCAAAAGAGCUUAAUGGGCCAGGCAACUCAUUUCACCCCCAAAUAGAUGGUUCCUUGCUACUUCCCUAUAUUCAAAGGAAACAAAAAGAGACCAAGUUGAAAAUGCAUACAAGGAGUGGACAAUAGAUUGGUUUGCACUGUUUUUUUUUCAUAUUGUACUUAACUUGGGAAACAGCUCAUUCUGUGAGCUCUCUGUACUGUGCACUUUAAACCAAAUACUACAGUUUCGUGCCAUGAAAAGCUGGAUUCUAAAAUCUGAAUAAAUUGUGCCCAUGUGUAUA